GUGAAGGGAGAGGAGGAAAGGGGGGGGGGGGGGAGUGUGUUCGGCUCGGCUCGGCUCGGCUCGGCUCGGCUCGGCUCGGCUCGGCUCGGCUCGGCCAUGAAGGCGCUGAGGGUUUUCCUCCCGCUGCGGCCCCUCGCCUGGGCAGCUCCUGAGAAACCCCGGGAAGCGCUGUGCUUGCUCCGGCCUAGCAAGCGGUGGUCGCCGCCAGGGUGGAGGCCGUGGUGCUCCUCACAGAACCUGCCCCGUAGUGGCCCGAGAGAGAGCCCUGCUGGAGAGGAGGAGGAGGAUGAAGGUGUGGAGUUCGGGACGCUGUCUAAUAAAUUUUCUUCUAGAAAAUUUUAUCACAAAACCACCUCAAGCUUUCGGAAUUUAAAGCUUCAAGAAGAAGAAGAGGACAAACCAGAAGGAAAACGACGGCGCCGUCCCAGGAACACCCCGUACUGGUACUUCCUUCAGUGCAAAGCCCUCAUCAGAGAGGACAAGCUGGCAGAGGCUCUAGAGCUGUUUGAGGUGCAGAUGCUGAAGGAGGAGCGUUUGCAGCCAGAAGAAAGCAACUACACUGUUCUCAUCGGUGGCUGUGGCAGGGUUGGCUACGUCAAGAAGGCAUUCAGGCUCUACAAUGAUAUGAAAAAGAGAGGCCUGACCCCCAGUGAGGCCACGUACACAGCCCUGUUCAAUGCCUGUGCUGAGUCUCCCUGGAAGGACUCUGGGCUGCAGAGUGCCCUGAAACUGAGGCAGCAGCUGAAGAGCAAGAACAAGGAGCUGAACCUGGUCACCUACCAUGCACUGCUGAAGGUCUGUGCCCUCUGCUCAGAUCUCAGGAUGUGCUUGGAUGUCCUGAAGGAAAUAGUCCAGAAAGGCCACGUUCCCACAGCUGAGACCUUCAGCUUCCUCCUCAUGGGCUGCAUAAAGGACAGAGCCAGUGGCUUCCGAUACGCCUUGCAGGUCUGGAAAGAGAUGGCAGGAUUAGGGAUAAAAGGUAACAGCCACACCUACAACCUGAUGCUGCGUGCUGCCAGGGACUGCGGGAUCGGUGACCCGGCCCUGGCAUCCCAGCUCCUGCUCACACCCACCCACCAGCACUGCCCUCAGCUGAGGCUGACACCUGGCAGGCAGAAGGGGAAAAGCCAGAAGAAAGGAUCAGAGGAAGCAGCUGCUGUCCAGCUGGAUGUGGAAGCUAUGGAAAACCAAUUAUUUCAGGAGGGUUUGGUGCAGCCUGAAAAUCUGCUCCAGCUACAAAAUAAAGAAGUACCCUGGGCUGACACAGAACCAGCUGCUCUCAGCACAGCUCCCAGCAGGACUGGAGUGUUGGUGAGAAGCCAGAACGAGAUGGAGCAGCAACAAGCACACCCCAGCCAGGAGCUGUGUUCCUGCAAGCUGCCCAACUUGCUGGAUUCUGUGCUGCCCAACGCAGCUGUGGUUUCCCUGGGGACAGUGGCCAGGCCAUCCGACAGGCUGGUUCUGAUGGGGGGUGUGGAGGGCUUCCUGAGGAAGAUGAAAGAGGACAAUGCAGAACCCAACAUUAAAACAUUCACCUUGCUGGCUGAGCUGGUGGAACCCCAGAGCCCCUCCGAGUCCUCUUUGCUGGCACUCGUGGAUGAGCAUAAAGUGAAUGUGGAUGUGACCUUCUUUAACACCUUAAUAAGGAAGAAAAGUAAACGGGGAGACCUGGAAGGAGCAAAGAGCCUGCUGCCAGCUCUGGUGAAGAGAGGACUCUCACCCAACCUCCAGACCUUCUGUAACCUGGCAAUUGCUUGUCACCAAGAGGAGGAUGGGCUGCAGCUGCUCACAGAUCUGAAGAGGUCUGGAGUAACUCCCAACAAGUUCAUCUACAGCACCCUCAUCUCUGCUGCAGUCAGGCACCUGGAUUACCACUACCUCACCCAGAUCCUGAGGGACAUGAGGAACAACCAGGUGCCUCCCAACGAAGUCAUCAUCCGCCAGCUGGAGUUUGCAGCACAGUACCCUCCAAAAUUUGACCGGUACAAGUCAAAGAACAUAUACCUGGAGAAAAUUGAUGGUUUCCGUGGCUACUACUUCAGGUGGUUAAAAGUGAUGGCAGGAGAGGAGACCCCACACCCCUGGGCAAAGUACCGAGUGGCCAAAGCUGGGGGAGGUGAUGAUAAGGAGGAGGUUGAGCAGGAGCAGAGGGAGCUGUGAGGAGGAGGAGGAGGCUGAAGUCCUGAAUCAUCCUUGUGCUGGGAGGACUUGGAACUUGGUCCCUGUAACUGAGCUGCUUUGUAUUCCCAUGAUUUCUCAUGGUAACUACAUAAUAAAAUAUUUAUCCUUUGUUCUAA